CCACUGAAUCUGAAAGAAAGAAAAGAUCCUCUCCUCUUCUUAGAUAUGGAAAAGUGGGCAAGGUCGCUGCUCCUCCUUACAUUGUCUCUGUUAAUAAUCUUCGCUUCUGUGGCGGCAGAUGAUUACGUCCGGCCUAAACCUCGUGAAGCCUUGCAAUUUCCAUGGGAACAAAAGUCCUCUUCUCAACCCGAGCAGGUGCAUAUCUCAUUGGCUGGAGAUAAACAUAUGCGAGUGACUUGGGUUACGAGUGACAAAUCAUCUCCUUCCUUUGUUGAAUAUGGAACAUCUCCCGGGAAAUACUCGUAUCUUGGGCAAGGAGAAAGCACCUCCUACAGCUAUAUAAUGUACAGGUCAGGGAAGAUACAUCAUACAGUCAUCGGGCCAUUGGAAGCGGACACUCUUUAUUACUACCGUUGUGGCGGAGAAGGACCUGAAUUCCAUCUGAAAACACCACCAGCUCAUUUCCCGAUUACUUUUGCUGUGGCUGGGGAUCUUGGACAAACCGGUUGGACCAAGUCGACUCUAGAUCAUAUCGAUCAAUGCAAAUACGCUGUGCAACUACUUCCCGGGGAUCUUUCUUACGCUGACUAUAUGCAGCACAAGUGGGACACGUUUGGGGAGCUGGUUCAGCCUCUGGCAAGUGUGAGGCCGUGGAUGGUGACACAAGGAAACCAUGAGAAAGAGAAUAUUCCUUUUAUAGUUGAUGAGUUUGUAUCUUUCAACUCGAGGUGGAAGAUGCCGUAUGAGGAAAGUGGAUCGAAUUCAAAUCUUUAUUAUUCUUUUGAGGUUGCGGGUGUACAUGCCAUCAUGCUUGGCUCAUACACUGAUUACGAUCGCUACUCAGAUCAAUACCGUUGGUUAAAGGCUGAUCUAGCAAAGGUGGACCGAGAAAGAACUCCGUGGCUAAUAGUACUCUUCCAUGUACCAUGGUAUAACAGUAACGAUGCCCAUCAGCAUGAANCAAGCUUUUGA